AUGGUGUUCUCUUCCAUGCUCCUCCCCGUCAUCUUCUUCUUCUUAAUAAUGUUUGAGCCCGACAUAUUGUGUCUGUCAUCAAAUAAUAAUUUUACUUUUAAUGAUUGCAUUCCAAGGGAGAGGAUAUCUCUCCUGAGGUUGAAAGCAAGCCUGUUGGAUGGGUCUAACGGGAUUUCUUCGUGGAAUAACACCCGAUACAAAUGUUGUAACUGGCAAGGCGUAAAGUGUGAUAAAGCGACUGGGCAUGUUAUCGGGCUUGAUAUCAGAAAUCGAGUUCUAGAUAAUUAUGGGGACCCGAGCUCUGAUAGCAUGUUACAAAGUGAAACACUUGAUUCUUCCUUGCUUGAAAUGAAGCAUCUCAAGUACCUUGACUUGAGUGGGAAUAAUUUCAAGGACAGCUCGAUUCCAUCAUUCCUAGGAUCAUUAAACAAACCGCAAUAUCUCAAUCUCUCAAAUGCAGGCUUUGGAUGUGUUAUCCCUCACCAGCUCGGCAACCUCUCAACCUUGUGUGCACUUGAUCUUGGUGGACUGUUAUCUUCUCUAAGAGUCGACAAUCUCAUAUGGGCUGCUAAUCUUUCAUUGUUGGAGUCCCUUGAUAUGUGUCAUGUCAACCUUAGCACCACAAAAGAUCACCUUGCGAAGUUGCCUGAAGAACUUGGCAAACUGAAGCAGUUAAAAUGGUUAGAUUUGUCUGAUAACAAGUUGUCUGGUCCAAUUCCAACUAUUGUGGGACAACUUUCAGAUUUGGAGUGGAUUGACAUAUAUGGUAAUACCUUUGAAGGUACGCUCAUAGAGGCCCACUUUGAGAAGCUAUUCAAACUUAAAGGAUUUAGGACUGGGUCUAACAUGUUAACAUUCAGAGUGGGAGAUGAUUAG